UCAGACAUGUGUAUAAGAUGGCCUAGAAGCCCCCACUGUUCUUUCUCUCUCACUGUCUCUCUGUUUUCAGCGACCGACUUUGAGUGUGAAGUGCGGGAGGAGAAAAGCGGCUCCAGUCCGGGUAGGAUCCUUGUGUUCUGAUCAAGCAUCAUGGCUUCAAAGCGGAUUUUGAAGGAACUCAAGGAUUUGCAGAAGGAUCCACCCACUUCUUGCAGUGCAGGUCCUGUAGCAGAAGACAUGUUUCAAUGGCAAGCAACAAUUAUGGGCCCCUCUGAUAGCCCUUAUGCAGGAGGUGUAUUUUUAGUUACUAUUCAUUUCCCUCCAGAUUAUCCUUUCAAGCCUCCUAAGGUUGCAUUUAGGACCAAGGUCUUCCAUCCAAACAUCAACAGCAAUGGGAGCAUUUGUCUUGAUAUCCUAAAAGAACAGUGGAGCCCCGCACUAACCAUUUCCAAGGUUCUGCUCUCUAUCUGCUCAUUGCUGACUGAUCCAAACCCUGAUGACCCACUUGUUCCGGAGAUUGCUCACAUGUAUAAGACUGAUCGGGCCAAGUAUGAAGCUACUGCACGCAGUUGGACCCAGAAGUAUGCUAUGGGAUGAUGGUAGUUAGCGUGUAAUAGCUAUGGCUCUUGUUUUGGGAAGAGAGGGGGUGUUUUCCUAGAGGAACUUGUCCUUAACCUUGUUUCGUUCAAUGUUGAAGUGGCCUAAAUAAUGUAUCAGACAGAGUCUGUAGCCCUAAACUGCUUAUUGAAUGUUGUGUAUUGAACAUUAUGCAAGGUUGUAAGAGAUGCCACAUUUCAUUCUUUUGCUGCCAUUAUAUGAAGCGUUUUGUGGUAAACCAAAUUUAAACUUU